GCGUGGGUGAAGUGCUGUGUCCUAACCCAUCCCGGCCGCGACCGCGUCGGCUACCUACAGAGCUACGUAGCUGGUCUGGAAGAAAUCAAGGACCUCUUCUCGAGUGAGUCGGAGCUACGGGAUUUCGAGAAGAGUGAGGAAGCUGUAUGCCUCUUCUUGUCGGCCCUCUCGCGGAAGUGGCAAAAACUGCAGAAAGAGGAACGCGGCAAUUUCGAGGCCAGGUUUCGGGCCUACGUGGGCCAGGUACACAAAUGGGCGCUGGCGUCGAUAGCGGACAGACCUGACGACUCGGAACGCGCCCUCUGGAUCUAUCAAUGUAUCGGUGUCUUAAUCCUUCACUGCUCUCCGAUGCUCCAUUCCAAGACUCGACCCAACAGCCCUCUGAGACUCCUCAUCACCAAAGCGGUAUUACCAGCAGAAGGUGAACCGCGCACCUUUCUGGUGCACCUGGCCAAGAAGAUCUUCGCAUUCAUCCUUCUCGGCCUGGAAAAGCUCGAUCCAAGAAGCGAUCAAUCAUUGCAAACCCUGACGAAGAACCUACUGGAGCGCUACUUACCUCUCCUGGUGACCGACGUGGAGACUACCGGAGCUUGCAGCGUCGCCGACGCUCUUUCCCGACCGUUUCGCAGCGCGUCGGAGUCCUACGCGAGAUGGCUCCUGGAGAAAAUGGCCGCCGAUUUCAUCAUCGUGGUGGAUGGCACAAAUACCCACCGAUGUUCCUAUCUGGUCAUGCUCUUCCUCGGAGAACUCCUAAAGAGCGGGAGGAUCUACAACCGCCACAUCAUCGAAACCAUCAUCUCGGCGUGUUUGCCACAGGCCAUAGGAUGUUACGUCAAGGUCCACGACUACCAUCCACAUAAAAGGCUAACCUCGCGCCUCCUCAACGAUCUUACCGCCAAUGUCCACUACAAGGAGGAUUCUCGAUUAAGAAAGAAAUUUGAAGAAAUCAUUUGCCGUUGUCUGCAGCGACAUCUUCCCGUCCACUUCCACAUAUCCGUAGAGCUCUGCCGAUUGGUGGCCACUGUAAACCUUGAAGUAGCAAAGGCCUCGCUGGCACAAUUCGAGCGCCACGUGUCGGAUGCUCAACGCCAAGGAAAGUACAACGCAACAGCUCUAAGGCUCUCACUGACUAAUCUCCAAAGCUCGAUAGAAAAACUCGAGUCGCCGCAACUGCAAGAACAAGCGACGAAGCCUCGAUGUGAAUAGCAAAACAUCGAAUGUAUGGACAGUAGG